UUUGGAUAGAAGUGAAGCCACUUCCGGCCCCUAUGGCAGUCUUCACAGUCUUUUUCCGGGUGAUGGAGGCGGAUGCCCCGGAUGUAAUACCGGCGAAAGCAUCUUUCCUUUUCUUCCCCGUCUGACCCUGGAUUCCUAGGUCCAGCUGGAGGAAAUCUACUGCCAAUCAUGCCAAAGAGGAAAGUGACUUUUCAGGGUGUUGGAGAUGAGGAUGAUGAAGAUGAAAUCAGUGUUCCCAAAAAGAAGCUGGUGGACCCUGUGGCUGGAGCAGGUGGUCCUGGGAGCCGCUUCAAAGGCAAACACUCUUUAGACAGUGAUGAAGAGGAUGAUGACGAGGGGUCCAGCAAAUACGAUAUCCUGGCCUCAGAGGAUGUCGAAGGUCAGGAAGCAGCUACUCUCCCUAGUGAGGGGGGUGUGAGGAUCACACCCUUCAACCUGCAGGAGGAGAUGGAGGAAGGCCACUUCGAUGCAGAUGGCAACUAUUUCCUGAACCAGGAUGCGCAGAUCCGAGACAGCUGGCUGGACAACAUUGACUGGGUGAGGAUCAAGGAACGGCCACCUGAUAAGCAGCAGGUUUCAGACUCAGAGGAGGAAGGCAGCCUGGGUCAGACUCCAAUGAGUGUCCAAGCCCUCCUGGAGGGACUUCUGGAGUUGUUAUUGCCAAGAGAGACAGUGGCUGGGGCACUUAGGCGUCUGGGGGCCCGAGGAGGAGGCAAAGGGAACAGCAAGGGGACUGGACGGCCCAAUUCUCCCCAGCGUCUAGACCGGCUAUCUGGGUUGGCUGAUCAAAUGGUGGCUCGAGGCAACCUUGGUGUAUACCAGGAAACAAGGGAGCGUUUGGCUAUGCGACUGAAGGGUUUGGGGUGUCGGACCCAGGGAUCCCAUGACCCCACACCUCCACCCUCCCUGGACAUGUUUGCUGAGGAAGUAACAGAGGGGGAACUGGAAACUCCAACCCCUACCCAUAGAGAAGAAGCAGAUUCAGCUGGAGAUGGUCUGAUGGAUGUGAUGUGGGAGUAUAAAUGGGAGAACACGGGGGAUGCUGAGCUGUACGGACCCUUUACCAGUGCCCAGAUGCAGACCUGGGUGAGCGAAGGCUACUUCCCGGAUGGUGUUUAUUGCCGGAAGCUGGACCCUCCAGGCGGUCAGUUCUACAAUUCCAAGCGCAUUGAUUUUGAUCUCUACACAUGAGCCCGCUAAGGGCCCUGUUUGGCAGCCCCUUCUUUCUUGAACUUGGCAGAGGAGGUCCCAGCUGCCCUGGGCAGUGAGGAUAUUGGAGGCCACUCUAAAGCCAGUGUCUCUUUGUCAAUAAAAGCCUUGAGUAUGCAUCAGGGCCUUGACUGCUAAUGGCCAAGAGCCAAGGCUUCUCCAUAGCUCCUUUUGGCUUCACCUGGUGGGUCCUUGAGUUUCCUCCCAAGAGACUUCCUCUUAUGCUUCUCUGGUGUCUUGGACCACCUCCGUUUUGUUUCCCACUCUGGAGGCAGAGGGAGGGCCCAUCAGGUGUCCUGUGUAAAAUUCCCUCUAUCACUGUUCUCUGUCAUGCUGAUCUUGGCUUUUAGGACCUCACAUUCUCUGUCCUGGCAGCUCCUUUGUAGCUGGGACAUUAGGAAGACUUUGAAAUCCUAUUGGGAGAUCCUCUUAAACAUGGAUUCUCCUCUUCUCCCUAGUCUGGUUUUACUACCCCUCACCCUCCUGCAGUAGUUUCCUUAGCUCUUAGGUGGAGUAUGAACUUGGUAGCACUUCAAGGUUACUUGGGCCACCAUGUGACACAGCGAGGGGCAAAGGGCAGGAACUUACUGGAGACCCACAGUAAACUAGAGAGGUGGCCCAUUCACCUAUUCCCUGACCUUUCUUGGCAUAAGCUUUUCUUGCUUAGCCUUUCAAGCAUUGUCUACAUUUCCUGGGCUCCCACGUCUUGGGCGUGGGGCUAGUGCCUUGAGGAAACCUCUGGUCUGGUCCCCAUGCAGGAAUCCAGAGUGUGAGAGGCAGACAGGGACCUGACAGUUCUCACCCCACCGUGCUGCUUUCUGCUCACCUUGUCUGUACAGGAGGCCCCAAGAGCUGCAGGCUAGUGGGUCCAGGCUAAGGACUUGGGAAGUGGGGUUCAGCUCAGGCUUGGCUGCAGACAUUAGAUGCAGAGACUUCUGACCUGUCUAACAAUUAGACCUGUUACUGCCAGUGUAGGGACGGAUAGUUUCUUUGACUUCAAGAAGCCCAUUAGUGGAAAGACAUCUGACUUGGUGUGUUACUAAGACAGCAAUAACCCUGUAGUUAUUUGUAAGGUAUUACUGGUUAAAGAGGAACCAGCUUUCUGAGAUACUUAGCAGUGAAAACCUGGUGUCUUGGGAUGAGUAACAUCCAGUCUUGUUGCCUGACUGAUUGUUCACAAGUGUUUGGUGAGAGAGACACCGAGGUGCCCUCCAGGUUCCUCAGGCUUAGCUGACCUAAAGCUGAUCUCUUCCUCAUGCUCUCUGAGGCACUUCCCUGAUAAUACCCAGGAAGGGCAGAACAUCCCUGAAGAUACACACAUCUGAGCCCCAGACUGGGUGAAUAUUACUUAUGUUUUAUGUGGCAGAGGGAAAGUGUAGGAAGAGGAUUAUGUAGAAGUGACGUUGAGGUUUGGUUUGGUUUUGGUUGUUUUUUGUUUUGUUUUGUUUUGUUUUUUAAUUUUUUGAGGUGGGGUCUCACUAUGUAGCCCUGGCUGGCCUGAAAUUCACAAGAGAUCUGCCUCCCCAAGUGUUGAGACUAAAGGUGUGUGCCAUGAUGCUGAGCAAAAUUGAGAAAUUUUGAGACUGGGAGAUUACCUUUGAUUAUUGGGACCAUUGUGAUCUCGGGGUUCUUAUGCUGGAAAAGGAACUGAUCCUAACAAGAUCAGAGAACUGAAAGCUGGUGGAGAGGAGUAUGUGUCAGGGUGCAGGCUUCCUGGAGAGCUGGGAAGGCAGAAGGCAGGUCCUUCCCAGCUAAGUGCAGCCCCACACUGGUAGCCCAGUGGAACCCACUUUGGACUUGUACCCUCUAGAAUUGUAUGAUAAUAAAUUUGUGUCAAGCUGCUUAA